AAGGAAACAAACAUCCAUCCAGAAGGAACGGGAGACGGAGAGAGAGAGAGGUAGGAGGGCGAAGGAAGGGAGACCUGAACCCACCUUAACCCACCUGAACCCACCCUGAACCGGCCUGACACGGAGGGGACAGCGCUACGGAGACACGCCGAGGAACCAGGACCACACAAACCGUCGACAUUUUGUUUUUCUUCAUCUUCUUCUUCAUCUUCUUCUUGUGCGCGAGGACAUAACGGCUACUUUUUUCCCGCUGACGUCUCGCGAGAAACUUCCAUCGAUUUAAAAAAAAAAAAAAAAAAAAAAAGCAGGUGAUGAUGGAUUAAUUUUUUAACACUUUUUUUUUUAAUGAUUUUUGAAGUGAGCUCAGCUUGUCGAGCAAUGGCCCAAGAGACGAACCAGAGCCCGGUGCCCAUGCUUUGUGCCACAGGCUGUGGUUUCUAUGGCAACCCGAGAACCAAUGGCAUGUGCUCCGUAUGCUACAAGGAGCACCUGACGCGGCAGCAGAGCAGCGACCGCAUGAGCCCCCUCAGCCCUAUGGGCUCUGCUGCUAGUCCUACCUCAGAGGCCUCAGCCAUCCAGAGACUAGAAGCCAGUCUAGCCAAGGUUGAUGCCUCCCCUGCCUCUUCACCAGACAUGUCUAGAACUAUUCAAGGAUCUCUUCCUGUGACUCAACAAAUGACAGAGAUGAGCAUCUCGAGAGAGGAUAAGCCAGAACCCUUAGAACCUGUUGUAAACCAGCCUGCUGCUUCUAGCCCAACUCCUGUAGCUUCUUCCAGCAGUGAAGACGGCAAAGGUGACACCCCCAAACCCAAGAAGAACAGGUGCUUCAUGUGCCGCAAACGAGUGGGCCUUACAGGCUUUGACUGUCGCUGCGGCAACCUGUUCUGCGGCAUCCACCGGUACUCCGACAAGCACAACUGUCCCUACGAUUACAAGGCCGAGGCUGCCGCCAAGAUCCGCAAGGAGAACCCCGUGGUGGUGGCCGACAAGAUCCAGAGAAUAUAGAUUUGACAAAACAACAACAACAACAACAACAACAACAACAGCAGAAGCAGAAGCAGACGAUGACAACAUCUUUGACAAAGACUGGAGUAUGAGUGUGAACCUUUUGGAAUGAGCACUGGCACCGAGUGGCCAUGUGAGGAUUGAAAGGACUUGAUUCAUGAAAAAUUACAACCUCAAGAAAAAAAAAACAGAAGAAGAAAAAAAAAAAAGAUCCUGUCUGAGGGAGAUGCAUGAAUGAUCACUUUUUUCUUUUUUUGAUUAAUUCAUUAGUUUGUUUUAUCCUAUUUUCUGUGGUGUGACUUUGCCGCUGUUCAGUCCCUCUCUUCGUUUUGUUUUUUUUUUAAGAAUAUGUAUUGUCUUAUAAUUAAGAGCAGCCCAGGCUAACUGUCCAGGUAACGCUGCGCUCCUCUCACCCCCAGAAACCAGGCGCCAGUUUGUGCCAAACCGUAAGACCAUUUCACUCAGAUCCCUGUCACGUGAUCUUUUUCAAAAACAUCCAGACUACACAGCGUAACAGUCCCUCGACCUUUAUUACUCCGUUGGUACUGGAGUCCGUCAACGUUUGGAGAACCGUACAAGUGUCCCCGACCAUGCACAAGGGGCGUUGUUACCUUGUCUCUGUCUUUCCUAGCUUUACCUACCUCACAGCUGCUGUGUUAAGCUUUUGUCGUCUUCCCCGUUUGUUUUCCAUCCAGCUUCAACCCCAGCGGAACAAUGGAUCAUCUUGAUAGUCAGUCAGCCUCCGUGACCCCUCUGAUCAGCAUGUCCGUGUUGACUUUGAUCGGUUUGAUUGUGAUUUUAAAAAACAAAACAAAACAAAACAAAAAAAAAAGGCUGCUCCAUUUUAAAGCUGGAGGUAUCACGCUUAGACAGGGACAGACAGAUUACUCCACGUUACGCUGAUUCCAAACAUUUUCAAUGGACUUCAAGGGUAACAGAGUUUAAACCACCACCACCCAUCACCACCUCCACCACCACCCAUCACCACCUCCACCACCACCCAUCACAGACGCCUGGUGCAGGGCUGUGCGUACCGAUGUGUGGCCUGAGAAGGAAGGAUGGCACCCUUCCCUUCCCCUGGCGCGUUGGCCUGUUAGGUGAAUUUUUAGGGGCGUGAAUGAACUGAAUGGGAUAAAUGCAUGAGUUACUCUUCAUCUACAUUAGUGUUUCACUCGGUCGACUUAGGGGUUUUUAUUUGCUGAGAGACAAUUAUGUUAUAUUUUAUUAUCAUCUUUUUUGUUCUCUUCCAUCGAUAUUGUACUGAUGUUAGCGCAUGUAUUCAGUGCAUUUGUGGAAUUAGGGGUAUGUGAACCAUGAUUUUUUUAUUUUAAUGCGCUAACAGAAAGAGUGUGUGUGUGUGUCCUUUCCGUCUGUGGAGCUACCCGGUUUAUCAGCACAUGUUUACAGAACUACAGGAGCAUGCCAGAGCUAGAUUUAUUAAAAGAAAGCACCGUAGAGAAGUGUGUGUGUGUGUGUGUGUGCGAGUGUGUGUGUGCGACGGCUGCCUGACACAUUGAAACAUGUAUGUUUGUGACUUGUGUUAACCCCCUCCACCCCGAUCCACUUCUUCUUUUUUUUGCCCCCCUCCCCUGUAAGGAUGUUUUUCAUUUACGAGACAACUGUAUGUAUCCGUUUGAGUUUUUCCUUUCUGAUUCUUAGUUAUAUGCAAAUUUGUACAAAAAAUGAAAAAACAACAAACUGUGUUGAUAUUUAUGUAUUACAUAUAAUCUUGCUAUCCAGCAUUACGACAGAAUAGUAUCAUGUAAAUAAAACUGUACAGAGAGACAUUA